GCAGAGAGGAGGCAUCCUGCCUGUUCAUUAGAGAUGCAAAGUGACAUCAUGACUGUGCUAGCUAAAGGAUGGGAAUAAUGAGGAGGCGGGGAGGCUGCACACUGUAUGUAUGUGUGUGUGUGUGUGUGUGUGUGUGUCUGUAGGCAGCCAGCUCUGAACCCUGCAGUCACUAUACAGCAGCCCAGAAGCCUGCUCGCCCUGCACUGUCACAGCUCUGUAUGACUGUCACCAAGAUGUCAUGGCGGCCGCAGUAUCGCAGUUCGAAGUUCCGGAAUGUAUAUGGCAAGGUGGCGAGUCGAGAGAAAUGUUACGACUGUAUACCCAUCACCAAGAAUGUCCAUGAUAACCACUUCUGUGCUGUAAAUGCAAAGUUCUUGGCCAUUGUCACAGAGAGUGCAGGAGGAGGUUCAUUCCUUGUAAUUCCUAUUCACCAGACUGGACGCAUUGAGCCCAAUCACCCCAAGGUGUGUGGGCACCAGGGCACAGUACUGGAUAUUAAAUGGAACCCUUUCAUUGAGAACGUCAUCGCUUCCUGCUCUGAAGACACCUCGGUUCGAGUGUGGGAAAUCCCAGAUGGUGGACUCAAGCGAAACAUGACAGAAGCCGUACUUGAACUGUAUGGACACAGUCGAAGAGUGGGGUUGAUAGAAUGGCACCCCACAGCAAACAAUAUAUUGUUUAGUGCUGGAUAUGACUACAAGAUUCUAAUCUGGAACCUAGCUAUUGGAGAGGCCGUGAAGAUGAUAGACUGUCACACAGAUGUUAUCCUUUGCAUUUCAUUUAACACAGAUGGGAGUCUCUUGGCCACUACUUGUAAGGACAAGAAGUUACGUGUGUUGGAACCUCGUUCAGGGAAGGUUCUGCAGGAAGCCAGCUGCAAGAAUCACAAGGUGAUGCGCGUUGUCUUCUUGGGUGAUAUGAAUCGUCUGCUCACAACAGGGUUCUCCAGGUGGAACACAAGGCAAAUUGCACUGUGGGAUCAGGAGGACUUGUCCGUGCCAUUGAUAGACGAAGAAGUAGAUGGGUUGUCAGGGCUGCUUUUCCCAUUUUAUGACAUGGACACUCACAUGCUUUACCUGGCCGGAAAGGGAGACGGGAACAUUCGAUAUUACGAGAUAACAACAGAGAAGCCAUUCCUGACGUACUUAAUGGAAUUUCGAUCUCCGGCACCCCAAAAAGGGCUUGGGGCGAUGCCAAAGCAUGGGUUGGACGUCUCACAAUGCGAAAUAUUCAGGUUUUACAAAUUGAUCACCUUGAAGAAUCAAAUAGAACCAAUCUCCAUGAUAGUGCCUAGGAGGUCGGAAACAUACCAGGAAGAUAUUUACCCGAUGACUCAAGGAAUGGAACCAGCAAUGACUGCUGAUGAGUGGCUAAGUGGCAUUAAUAGAGGCCCAGUCCUGAUGAGCUUGAAGGAGGGAUAUCAGAAGGAGUGUAAAGCCACUUUUAAAGCACCAGUGCGGGACAAGAAGAGCUUAGUGGUCAAUGGAAUUGACCUAUUGGAGAAUGUCCCACCUAGGACAGAGAAUGAAUUGCUACGCAUGUUCUUCCGGCAGCAGGAUGAAAUCCGACGUCUGAAGGAGCAGCUGGCUCAGAGAGACCUCCUCAUCAGACAGCUGGAAUUGGAGCUCAGAAACCUGAGGAACAAUCCCAAGGACAGCUAGCUGCCUUUAUGUUUCCCAUGUAAACCACACACUGUCCAAAGGACAGUUAACUGCCCAAUGUAUAAUUCCUGCGGUAUUUGUAUAUAAAUAUACUAACACCCUUGUAAUGCCUUUCCCUGGCACACCGGGAAACUAUGUAUAGAUCUGAGCUAAUUGCACCACUGCCCUAUGCAUAUUUAGCUAUGGUCCUGUAUAUGACCAGACACAAACAUCUACCACAUUGUUCCCCAAUCCAGGAGCUAAAUGUGGCUAGUACCAAACCUUUUCAACCUCUCUCUUUCAUUGAUGUACAUUAAGGCCUGGAUUUGCCUUGUAAGACCGUUACCUUUCCCCAAGGGUAUACUCAUAAUUUAUAUAUAUAUCACCAUAGUGGGAAGAGAAGGAUACAUGACAAAGGUUGCAAUUUAAAAAAGAGUUUACUAGCUCAUUAGACCAAGAGGAUCUGUGGAUACUCGAAUAUAUUUUUCUCCUACAUAACUGAUCUAUACACAUAUUAAUAUGGAGGUCUAAACAACAGUUGUAAUUAUUUGACUGAAGAAAGCCAUAACUAACUGUGCCGAAUGUAUGGUAUGAGCUCUCAAUAAUAAGGCACUAGAGAGCUCCUCCUUCCAUUUGUUUUGUAGAUGCAAAACACUCUUACUUAUUAUUUUAUCACCUUUUCUUUUCUUUUCUUGUACGGUUACCUGCACAUUUCAAUGUGUUUUUGUUCUUCAAUGGAGCACUCUGUGUGUGAGAUCAGGCAGAUGGUCACUUUCUUGCUCAUUUUCCUUCUAUUUAUUGCUAACUGUUAUUUCCUAUGCAAAAUGGGACAUUAAAAUCAUUAACUCAAA